AGGCGAAGCCAAGCUUGCGCCUUGACGCUGUUUUAGAAAGGAGGUGGAGCCUGUGUCUUCUUUUGCUUCUUAUGCUUCAAAUCACAACAGCAACCACGCAUCAAUACCCACCAACAUCAACCACCACAACCAAACUUUCCAGAACCAGCUCAAAGGAGUACUAGCAAGGAAACCAAGUUCCCCCUAUCAAGAAAAGAAAUCCCACACAAUGCCCAUCUCAGACCUCAUCCCCGCGGCCCUCAAGCCCAAACCCCCCAAACGCGCCCCCAAACCCCAGCAAACAUCCUACACCUCCAACCAAGUCCCCAUCCCCUCCGACUUCCUCUCCUGUCCCCUCCCGCCUUCCGCACCCGCCGUAACCCUCCAAAAACUAGACUGGUCCAAAACCGCCCUCCCCGAAAACGGGCCCCUCUACGCCGUCAUCCUAGACAACGUCCUCACCCCCGCCGAAUGCGCCCAACUCCUCCGCAUGGCCGAGGCCUCCGCCACAGACCGCGGCCCGGACCCGGACAAGGACGAGCCGUGGCGGCCGGCCAUGGUGAAUAUGGGCCCCGGGUGGGAGAUUUUGGAGCCCGAGUACCGGAAUAGCGACCGGAUUAUCUGGGACCAGCAGGAGGUUGUUGAUCGGUUGUGGGGUCGGUGUAGGCUUGCGCCGGGGCUGGAGGCGCAGCUGGCUGGGAUGGAAGGGGUGAGGAGGCCGGAGAGGGGGUUUGAGACGAGGUGGGUGUUUAAGAGGUUUAAUAAGCGGAUGAGGUUUUUGAAGUAUCAAAAGGGGCAGUUUUUUAGACCGCAUUGCGACGGGCCUUAUGGGGAAGAAGCCGAGGAUGGAACUGUGUUCCGGACGCAUUAUACCGUCCAUCUUUACCUCAAUGGCUCUGUUGCUGAGGCGGGCAAGGAUAGCGGUGCUGAUUUGGUUGGUGGCGCGACGUCGUUUCUGUCGGGGGAUGAGAAGAGGAAGGUUGAUGUUGAUCCCAAGGCGGGCCGGGUGCUCAUCUUUCAGCACAGCCGGCUCUAUCACUCUGGUGAUGAUGUUGUUAAGGGGACGAAGUAUACGAUGAGGACGGAUAUCUUGUAUGAGAUGAUCAAGACGAAGAUUGGAGGCGAGGAGGAGGGGAAGGAGAACGAGGGGAUGACGACUUAAGGGUGAUCAUGUUCGAGGGGAUUCGAGGGCAGCCACGCAGGGACUUUGAGCAGGAGUCGUCUCAAGCAGUGGUGUACAGUAAUACUUAUGGCGUUCUUUUUGUGCGCGAGUUGUUCCGGGGCGAGU